GUUGGGCUUUAAGCACAAAGUCCUGCGGGGUACAACAAGCCUUCAGUUGGGAUCUUCAUAGUGCCUAACUUCUACAGCAUCUAGGACUUCUACAGCCAAAUUCUGUGCAUUUUUUUAUUUUGCAUUUUCUGGCGCACACAGCAUCAUCAUGAGUGUAGAACCCACAAAGCCACGUAAGGCAUGCUGCUCCAAACUAAAGUUCUUUUUAGUCUCUAUGGCUUUUGCAUAUUUUGCCAAAGCCUUUGGUGGAGCCUACAUGAAGAGCUCCAUAACCCAGAUUGAAAGGCGCUUCGACAUCCCCAGCUCCCUGACUGGAGUUAUAGAUGGCGGCUUUGAAAUGGGCAACUUGUUGGUCAUUGCCUUCGUGAGCUAUUUUGGUGCUAAACUGCAUCGACCCCGGCUGAUUGGUAUUGGCUGUUUAUUAAUGGCCACCGGAUCUUUCCUCACGGCACUUCCUCACUUCUUUCAGGGACGGUACAAAUAUGAAACCAGCAUGUCUCACACCAGCCAGGUCAACAGUACAGCAAACAUCCUGCCCUGCCUGUCCAACCAAAGCAUGGUAGAUGAAGAUGAGGCACCAGAUUUAGAAAAAAUUAAAGAUUGUGAGAAGGCAGCAGGCUCAUCCAUGUGGAUCUACGUGUUCUUGGGAAACAUGUUACGAGGAAUUGGAGAGACUCCGGUCAUGCCGCUGGGCAUUUCCUAUCUGGAUGACUUCUCCAGAGAGGAGAAUACUCCUUUCUACUUGGCUUGUAUCCAUACAGUGGGAAUCUUGGGCCCGAUGGUGGGAUUCAUGAUGGGAUCCUUCUUAGCCAAGAUCUAUGUGGACAUCGGAUUUACUGACCUAGAAACCAUCACCAUCACCCAUCGGGACUCUCGUUGGGUGGGCGCCUGGUGGCUCGGCUUCAUCAUGUCGGGCACGGUGAUCCUGCUGUCGAGCAUCCCGUUCUUUUUCCUUCCUAAAUCUUUGCCUAAAGAAGGCGAAGAGGAGAGCAAAAGCACAGAGCUGACGGCUGUGGCCGAGCAGGAGAGCUUCCUGCCUGAGGAGGCCGACUAUGCGGAGGAGAAGGAGAAGGAGGCGACUUUUAAGGAAAUGGUCAAAGAUUUUGUUCCAUCUUUGCGGAGACUGUUCAAGAACAGCAUCUUCUCGUUGAUGAUCCUCACCAACCUGGUGGCGGUCAACGGUUUCAUCGGGAUGAUCACCUUCAAGCCCAAGUUCAUGGAACAGACCUACGGCCAGUCAGCCUCCAGGGCCAUAUUCCUCAUAGGUAUUAUGAAUCUACCAGCUGUGGCUCUGGGCUUCAUCACAGGAGGUUUUGUUAUGAAGCGUUUCAAACUCGGAAUCGUUGGAGCCAGCAGGAUGGCCAUUUCCGCAUCUCUAGGAGCCUUUAGCAUGCUUGCCGUUCAGAUUUUCCUGCACUGUGGCAACGCAGAAGUGGCUGGUCUCACUGUGUCCUAUCAAGGAGUUCCAGAAGUGUCCUACAACCAACAGACUUUACUGUCAAAGUGCAACAUGGGCUGCUCGUGCUCGCUGAAGCACUGGGACCCGGUUUGUGCCUACAAUGGCAUGACGUAUGCCUCGCCAUGCCUGGCUGGCUGCCAGACCUCUACUGGAUUUGGCAAGGCAAUGGUGUUUAAUAACUGCACCUGCAUCGAGGAGGCCAUGACCCCAGCAGCAAACACGUCUGCAGUGCUGGGCCAGUGUUCCAGGAAAAGCGACUGUGAUAGGAAGUUCAAGAUCUACAUGGCAUUGUCUGUGCUGGGGGCCUUCAUUUCUGCCUGUGGGGGCACACCAGGAUACAUUGUUCUGCUCAGGUCCAUACAACCGGAUCUGAAGUCCUUAGCUCUGGGUAUGCAAACACUGAUCGUGAGAACACUGGGUGGAAUCCCUCCCCCAAUUUACUUUGGAGCCCUGAUUGACCGAACGUGUCUAAAAUGGGGCACAAAGCAGUGUGGAGGCCGGGGUGCAUGUAGACUCUACAAUGCCAAUGCUUUUAGAAUGACAUUCUUGGGCCUGAUAACCGGACUCUACCUUGUAGCCAACAUGCUGUGGGGGUGCCUCUACCUCAGGAUUGUGAAGAGACAAAAAAAGUUGGAGCUGCGAAAACAGGCCAAAGAAGGCGCCCUGGAGGGGAACUCGGUGACCAACGGACACGCCAACAUUACCAUUACCAAAAACAAAGAAGACACGAAUGAUGAGAGCACUAUUUAAGGGUGCUACCAUGAUGCCCUUGCCUACGAUUUACACCGACGAAUGCAUGGGCGAGGCGGUGCUGCGUCUAAACUGGACCCGAUGUUUUAAUGGUACAGUGUCAGCACUGAGAGCAUUUCCCUUCUCCUUUAGUUUUUUUGUGUGUUUUUUGUGUAGUAAAGAAAGUUUGUAUGCCUUAAAUGUUUCAUUUUGCAACUAUUUUCGUUGAAGUCCGACUAGUGUGGAGCCUGUCGUCAAAGGCAUCAAUGUAGUUCACCUGUAAUGUAAUAUUUUGAGGUUUUUUCUAGCUUUCCUUUCUGAGUUUAAACAGCUUUAGGUCAAAAAAAUGAUUGAAUUCUUUGCAAUUGCUUGGCAAUAUCACAGGAUCUGUGCGUCAAUUCUAAUUUUCAAUCUGUAGUCUGUCAACUGGUCAAACAGCAAAAGAUUCAAAUAACAACUUUAUAAAUCAAAAGUUUGUUCAUCCAAAUAGAAAAAAAAGAGAUUUACAGAGGUGUGGUUACUGAAAGUAGGAAAAAUAUUCCAAUGUGCAGACUUUUGUUAGAACUUCCAUAGGUCAUUUCAUUUUUUUAAAUAAAUCUUGAUUAUGAAAAAA